AUGGAGACACGACCCGGCUACUUGGCCAUUAUAUUAGGAAGUGUAUAUGUGAAUGUGGUUUUGUCCUAUGAUAUUACCGUCGCUACUUGUAAUCUAUGGAACGUCAUGUUUAACUGGAACGUUCGAAAGUACAGAAUAGCGCAAAUGAUAACUGAUGCAAAGCCUGAUGUGGUGGCUUUCCAGGAAGUAAGAUUUCAUGUAAAUGGGGGAGGAAACCAGAUAAUGGAACUCCAAGAGUUAUUACCAGACUAUAAGUGGAGAUUGUUUCGGGAGGCCAACAAAGUUCAGAAACCCAAGGGAGCUCACUGGCUUGGCUGGGAAAAGGAAGGAAUAGGGAUCCUGAGUCGGAAACCGAUCACCUUGUUCUCCACCCACACGCUGCCUGCUGUACCAGGCCCAGACAUCAAUAAUCGGGGUCUUAUUAUUGCUAAAAUUUUCAUCAGUCCCGAGAUUUCUGUCCAAGUCGCCGCUCUGCAUCUGUCCUAUGAACGCCGUCAACAAUGUGGCAACACCAAGUCUGUCAUUGAACUGAUCAGAGAUCAAGAAAGCUCAUCUGAACAUUUACGGAGUAUUGUCCUGGGCGAUUUCAACACGUACAAUGACUUUGAUUGGCCAGUGAAGCUGUUCACGUUACCCAAUCAGAAAACGCUGUUGGAGUGUCACAUACAAGAUGAAAAGUUUCUGAGUUUGAGGGGAAGAUCACCAUGGAGUGACGUUUGGGAGAUGGUUGGACAUCCUAGCAGUGGACGAACAUUCAGUAAUAUGCCAACUCCUGGGUAUGCAAGUAGACCAGAUCGCAUUUUAGCGACCUCAAAUUUCAAACCACAUGGUGUUCACCUCCAAGGAAACGGUACAAUUUACAAAUCUCACUACUACCAGAGGAUUGUGACAGAGAGGCUCCGGACUCUGCUCCACUCAUCCUACCUAUCGUGGUACGGUGUAACUGGGUAUCCCUGUUUCCAUGACUGUGGCCCUCGUGGGUACUGUCGCUGUGGGGUGUGUGUAAGGGGAGAUAACCCUAUUGGUACAACAUGUACACUCCCAGAAUGUGAGGAAUGUUCUAGUCGGGUGUUUAUCUACAUUGUUAUAUUUGUAAUUCUAAAUAUUUUAACAGUUAUUCAUUUAUUUUAUGCUGUUGUCUGUCUGCUCAUUAGCGGAGCUGAUUUUAAAGGCGAAGCCGUAUUUGCAAUCUUAGGAUGUAAUUGUUGUCUGUGUAAUCCAGAUAAUUUCAGACCUCUCAAUUUCAACAGUCGGAAAUUCUGAUUAUUUCGUGGUCUGAGAAAAUGGCCACUUUUUCGCCUUCCACCAUAUAUGUUAUUUGUAAUAUCAGUGAUAACUGCCAUUUCAAUGGUGACCAUUGGAUGGUGGAAUUUUGAACAGAGUCUGGAAACCGUAUAUUCAAUAAUGGAUGAAGAAUUCUUUCCUUCAGACCAUCUGAUGGUUAUUGCAAAGUUAGACAUUACAAUAUUUUCUUGAUUCUAAACAGUGAUCUUGCAGGUUUACAUUUAUCAUUUGUUUCACCUGUAAAAGCUCAGGGGGUCUGUUUCUUACAAAAAGGGUUGGAUAAUAUUGAAUGUUGGAUAAUACUGAUCUUCAGAUACAAGGGGCCUAUUUGUUUAUUGGACAAACCAUUUUUAUUUAUUUUUUAAAUGUGAUUUUUCAGGGAUAAAAGCCUGUUGGACAUGCAAAUGUUUUAAAUAAAUUGUUGAAAAUGUUCUAUAUAGCUUGCCAGAAAGCAACAACAGGUCACUGGAUCAGUCCCUAAUUUUGUAAACAAAUAACUUUGGUUCAACUGGUCCAGCCAUUUUUUAAGUAAUGAACAAAAGUGUCCACGGUUUCCACUGCUCUAGUUUUAAUAUGCAGAAUUCCUCUGACACUUGAUAGGAACCUUACUGCCAUACCGGUACUGGUUGGCUUACACUGUUUUCGUUAUAAAUUGUGCUCUAGUGGGCUAACUUUGUUCAUAAUUUACUGGAGUGUUAUACUGUAUACAGGGACAUUUUAGCUGCAGUUUAAUUUUUGCCUUUUUUUACAGUCCAUAAUGAAGGCCAAGUUAUCGUUGAGUACAAGUUAACAGCAUGAUAAACAAAGUUGUUAAAUUAUUAGCACUGGGCAAAAAUGGAUUCCAUAGGUGAAGGGAGAAAGAUUGACUGGGCGAAGGUGAAGGGAGAAAGAUUGACUGGGCGAAGGUGAAGGGAGAAAGAUUGACUGGGCGAAGGUGAAGGGAGAAAGAUUGACUGGUCGAACAGUUCACGGUAUAUUGGGGUUUACUAAAAAUUAAAACAACUUUUAAGGACAGAGUUUCAAACUGCUGUCACAUGUGAUUGGCCGAAACAUUAACAACAUUAGUUGUUUUGGGCCACUUUGUGCUGUUCAGCUGAUACAAAACCCGGCAUCUUAUAUGUUUGCAUGGGUAUUCAGAGGGAAGGUGUGUGUGUGUUGGGGUUUAGCAAAAACAAUAUAUUACAAUUAGCACUUUUUAGAAAUCACAUUUGUUCAAAAUAUGUUUUCUUACACUCUAACUGCAAGUGUGUGAUAACAAUGUACCUUAAGGAGAGAUGGUACCUUUCACAUCACACCUAACUAGUAUUAGAUUCAUAUCCCUUGAAUGUAAUUGAAUUAACACUUGCUAAUAAUCCAGAAUAUACUGGUGUUGUCAAUGCCUGUUUGCCUAUCAAUGAAUGAUCUUACUGGGGGGUAAAUUCCUUUAAUGAAAGAUAAUUUGAACUUGUUUCAUAAUUGUUGUAAAAUAAAUAAAGUUUACAUUUACAUUUUGAGCCAGUCCUGCUCCUAGCUACACUUAACUGGACCAAUUUAUACAGAAAAAUGGUUUGCCGAAAAUAUUGGCUUGAUAAAUAGAUUAGUUGUAGUGGAUUGAAAGAGACUCUCACUUUGUAGAUUUUGUAGAUGUGAUAUUAAAUGUUCGAUUUAUUAGCUGAAGUACGUAUAAUUCAAAAAUAUAGAUGCUGUAUUGUUUUAUACUGAUCUUUUAAAGUUUAUAUCAAUAUUGUACAGUUUAGAUUAAUGUUGUAAAGUUAUACUGAUGUUGUAAAGUUAUACUGAUGUUGUAAAGUUAUACUGAUGUUGUAAAGUUAUACUGAUGUUGUAAAGUUAUACUGAUGUUGAUGUUGUAAAGCUAUACUGAUGUUGUAAAGUUUAAUGAUGUUGUGAAGUUAUACUGAUGUUGUACCUUUUGUACAAUAUACCAACAUCUACUCUGUGCUAUUACUAUUAAAUACAAUGAAGAUCUACUGUGAUAUUUGUUGAACUGCUGGUUGCAUUCCAAAGAAAUAAACUGGAUUCCAUGUUGGGUUUUUUAUUAGCUUACCUGGCAUGUGUCGGUGAGAUUCUUAUUAGCUUACCUGGCAUGUGUCGGUGAGAUUAUGGUAUCACGCAGCAUCCAUUUGUUGUCCAUCUAUUUUUUCUCUCUUAAGAACUGCAAGACCUAGUGCCAUGGUAUAUAUGUAUUGAAACUACCUGGGAUAGAUUAUUAAAUUCUGAUUUACCAAAGGGUAGACAACUCUCUAUGCUGAAAACCCCCUUAUGGCAUAUAACUAUUGGUGGAAAAUCUGUCGUUUACAAUAACUGGUAUGCUAAGGGUGUUAGAGUGAUAAAUGAUAUGUUGAAAAUACAAAUCCUGUUACUUUCUAUUCCUACCAUGAAUUUACACAGAAAAUAUAUUAACAAACUUCCUUCACUUUCAUGGUCUUGUCAAAUCUGUUAAAUUAAUUAUUGAUACACAAUGGAUUCAGGAUAUAAAACUUCUACUUCCUUUCAUUCCUUUAAACAUGGAACCAUUUUUUGAUAAGACUCCAGGAACAAAAUGUUUAUAUAAAAUCUUAUCAAAGAAUGAUGAAAUACCAACAGGCAGGAAAAAAUGGGCAGAUCAAUUUGACUUUGAUAAUUCUAAUUGGGCAAAUAUUUUUUCUCUACCUUUCAAAAUAACAAACGAUUCAAAACUUCAGUGGUUUCAGUUUAGAAUUUUACAUAAUAUUUUAACAACAAACACACUACCAUUUAAGGCAAACAUAUAGUUGUGAGUCCACUUUGUACUUUUUGUAAAUCAGAGUCAGAAACCAUAACUCACAUAAUUUAGGAAUGUCAAAAAGUUCAAAAUUUACUGCAGAGCUUGGAAAUACUCUUAGACACACUUUUGACUCCUUUUACUAUUAAUAAAGAAUCAUUUAAUUUUGGGUUCUUGUCAAUUAGAAAUGAGUUCAGUAAAAUUGAAAUUAACAUCAUUAAACAUUACAUUUACAAAACCAGAUGUCUUGAAACCACACUUAACAUAAAUUCUCUUAUCAAUUUAUUGAAAGACCACCACAAUGUCAAAAAAAUACAAAGCAACCGCUAAAGGUGAUGCUUCUCUUGAAAGUUUUACUUCUUUAGACUUAAAUUGAAAUGAUUUCUAUAUAUCUAGACCCAUUCAUAUCUAUUAAUGGACUCUUGAACUCUGACAGUUGGUUAAUAUAAAACUUUUAUACUUGUUUUGAAUUGAUAUUACUAUCUUGGAGCAAAUGUUGCCAAUAAAACAAUUGUUGAUGAUUUAAUUUCAACUUUUUAGGUCACCUGAGACAAAG